UUGUUGUACAUUGGUGCGAUUGGAAACGGAAAACAUACGAAACGGCAAUUUAAAAUUUUUUAAGUUUUUUUUUUUAUCAUGAAAAUAUAAGUUACCCAUCUUUGUUUUCCUAAAAGAAGGAAAAAAAUAAAAUUAAUAAAAAAUGAAGAACGAAACAAGUGGAAAUAAUGUUGCUGACAAUUUUGCCAAGAAAGAAAUAGUACCUCAAUGGCAGACUUUAAAAGCUAAUCGUCUUGAACGUAACGAGUUUAUGUACUGCAAUGAACUUAUUAGCGACAUAAAGUUUUAUAUUGGAAAAACUAAGCAAGUCUUAAUCCCAGCUCACAAAUAUGUUUUAGGAACUUCAAGUCCUGUUUUCUUUGCUAUGUGUUGUAGUGAAUUUAGAAAAGACGAUGUAAUAAAUAUCAAUGAUUGUGAACCCGAACCUUUUUUAGAACUUUUAAGAUUCAUAUACUAUGAUCAAGUUCAUUUAAAUAAAACAAAUGCAUUGGACAUCCUAUACCUGGCAGAUAAAUAUAUUAUUCCAUCUCUUUCUAAAGAAUGUGUAAAUUUUUUGCUAGAUAAUGUUUCUACAGAAAAUGUUUUAGAAGUGUUAAGUGCUUCAAUAUGCUUAAAUGAAAAACGUUUAGAAAAACAUUGUUGGUCAAUUCUUUCCAGAAAAACAAAAGAAAUUCUGCAAUCUGAUUCAUUUUUGGAAAUUGACCCAUCAUUUUUGAUAAAAAUUAUUAAAAAAGAUUGUUUAGAUGUAUUGGAAAUUGACGUUUUUGAGGCUGUGAAAAGAUGGGUUGAAAGAGAAUGUUUUCGUAAUUCCAUAGAGCCAACUUCUAAUAAUAAAAAGGUUUUUUUAACUGAAAUUCUUCCUUUAAUACGCUUCCCUGUAAUGUCUGCAAAAGAGUUUGCUUUAAGUCCUGCUCAAUCAGAUCUUCUGUCACUUGAAGACAUCAAAAAUAUUUUUAUUUACUUGACAUCAGGUGUUGGAGGUUCAAAUCUAAAUUAUCCUUUAAAUCCAAGACAUUUUAAACCACAUGUUUGUAAUCGCUAUAUUAAGCCAAUGAAAAAUUAUUUAUGGAGGUAUGAUGAAAAAGAUAUUGAUGCUAUUCGCUUUAAAGUUGACCAAGAAAUUUUACUUGCUGGUAUUGGCCUAUUUGGGUCACCUUGUGGAGGAGAGUAUUCUACAGAAAUUUCCAUCUCAAUUAAUGAUGAAGAAAUUUUUAAAACCAAGGGUGCUUUUGUUUCACCUCCAGAUCCUAAGUUUAAUAAUAUUGAUAAUCCCAAAAUUCAUGAAGUUAUGUUCGAUGAACCUAUUCAUUUAAAGGAAGGUAUUUUUUAUGAUAUAGCUGUUUUAUUGGAUGGUCCACCCUCAUUUGCUGGAGAUGAUGGAAAACAGGAAGUCAUAGAAGAGGGUGUAAAUUUUGUUUUUAAAAAUAGUAGUGGGUCUACAAAUGGAACAAGUUAUGAUGAAGGACAAAUACCAAGUCUACUUUUUUAUUUUUAAAUGUUGUGUUGUUCAUAUUUAAACAAAAUUUUGUAAUAAAUAAUAUACUUAUUUAAUUAUAUAAAUGCUAAUGUAAUUUUUUAGUUGUAGUUCAUAAAUAGAGAAAUACAUAUUUAUAAAUUUUUAAUUUUUUUUGUCUGUAUUUUAAACACUUUCAGUAUUACUACUGAAAUAAUGAAAGUGCUCUAUUUAGAAGUAUUUCUAUUUUUCUUUUUUAUUGUGAAAUAUUUUAAUUAUUGUUAGGGUAACCCUUAUCUUGGAUUUUACAUAGAAGAGUGCAACGCAAAACUUUAUGAACAUUUUCAUUGCUUUCUCCUAUGUAAAAAUUGGUAUAAUGAUUACCCUAGCUAUUACUGACUCAAAAUAUUCAUAGAUUAUUUGGCUAUAUGGAAUCAUUAGUCUGGGAAAUAGUAUCUUGUCAAGAAUUAAAAUCAUCAGAUAUAAAAAUACAACUAAG